CUCUGACUGACUGUGUCUCGUGUUGUAAAGUUCAGCAGCCAGUGGAGAAGGGGCGGUGGAUUUGUUCUCUCCAAACACUCUACCUUUCACUUCCUCUGUGGAUUUUCUUUUCUUUUGAUUAACUGGAAAGCCGGCUUGGACACAGUGAGCUGUGAGAUCAUAUGUUACCAGGCAGGACACCUCAGUGUUCUACAGAGUUCUAAAAUGUUACUGUAACAAUCUGGAGAAAACCUGACCUUACAAUAAGCAGCAUCUUAACUUAUAGCCUGAAACAGGACUUUUAACUGAACUUUUAUCCAUCUGGUGUUUCUGGCCCAAGGGGUUAAACAAACAUGUUCUACAUUGAAUCCGUCUGCAUGGAUCCUCCAGGAUUGGAAGGGUUACUUGAAUUUGGGGAUGGAAUAAGAGAUAAAACUUUAAGGUGAAAACCAGAGGGUUUGUCGUUGGCUUUCUUGGGGGUGGUGCUGAAGGACAGCGGCAGAAGCUCGGACUCAGAGAUGAACUUUGCAAGGAAUUCCUUUAUCCUGAAUGUUGGGGGUGCCAGAUAUUCCUUCUCCGAAGAUGUGAUCAAGGAUUUCCCUCUGCGAAGGGUUAGCAGACUACACAACUGCUCCUCUGAGAAGGAUGUUUUGGAGGUCUGUGAUGACUACGACCAGGAGAGCAAUGAGUAUUUCUUUGACAGGCACUCUGAGGCAUUUGGCUUUAUCAUGAUGUACGUGAAGUAUGGGAAGCUUCGAUUCGUGCCCCAGAUGUGUGAGCUGUCCUUCUACAAUGAAAUGAUUUACUGGGGAUUGGAAAGUUCCAAUUUGGAAUACUGCUGUCAGAGAAGGCUUGAUGACCGCAUGUCUGAUACAUACACUUACCUGUCUGAUGAGAGCAAGCCGGAUGAGAGCACCAACAAGGAUGAGGUGAAAGAAAGUCCAGGAGACAAAAAGUGGCUUGAACGCAUGAGAUUGACUUUUGAAGAGCCAACCUCGUCAUUAGCAGCUCAGAUUCUGGCCGUGGUGUCUAUCCUGUUUGUCAUUGUGUCCAUGGUCGUACUGUGUGCUAGCACCUUGCCUGACUGGAAGACAGCAGAGAACAGGAGCGUGGAGGAGCACAGGUAUACAGCCAGUCUGUGGGAACCAUCGGGGUACGAACAGCACUUCUCAUUACUAUAAGUGUCCGUCUGUCUUGGUCACACAAUGGUGAGAGGCUGCGAUUCCACUGGUGUGGCCAGCAUGGUCAGUGAUGUCACUGUGUAUUAUUGACCUUACUAGUACAAAUCGGUUAACACAAAGGUACAUCUCAAGGGACAUAUGUAGACUUCCCAGCCAGCUGACACAAGUUGGAACAUUUCAAGGGAGUCAAAUGUAGAGUUAAACAUUUUAGUUUAGAAAAUAAAGUUCUCUGAUUCUGGCUUCUCAACCCUGUGCCAAAAAAUGUCAUUCUCUCUCAGCAGAGCUGUGGGAUUAGGUGAACAUCUAAACACUUGCAAAGUAAUCCUGAUAGGCCUCAUUAUUGUAUGUCUGCCUGUGUGUGUUUACAAAGAGGUUCUGCAUGCACAUUAACUCUUUCUAUGCCACUAGAGCACCUCUAUGCAAUACAGUUAAUCAUUAGAAGCUUCUCACUCUUAAUUACUUUCUGUUUUCUUUAGUAAUGUAAGAUUGUGUUGAAAUUGGAUGCAAGAUAAUGUCCUGAUGAUUAGGGGGAAUUCACUACAUGGGCUUUCUGUAUGGCCAUGCACAAUUUUUUAACACUCUUUAUGCCAGAGGAAUGUGCAGAGUAUACUUUAGUUAAAUGCACUGUCCAGUAUUAGUUAAUAGAUGCCCUAAUCAGUUAUCUAAAAUCUACAAUCGCCUCGAGACAUGCUUAUGACCGUCACUGCUUAGUCACCAGUUAUCCACAAAAACAUAUAAAAUAUGCAUGAUAGGAAAUACUGUAGGUGGAAGAUAAUGAACAAGAUUUUUUAAUGUUAAUAUGCUCAAAGAAGUAUCAAAAAUGUUGUUUUUUUUUUUUUUUUUUUUUUAAAGAAAUAUAUAUCUCUCCCUGACACACUUCAGCCAGUAAUUGCAUGCAAUGUAAAAUCUGAAAAUCGUAAACCCUGGGAAUUAAAAUCUUCUAAAGUGAUGUCAGUGGAAAAUGCUUAAUCGCUUUUACUGCCAGUGAGGUGUGCAAAACAGUUAAAAAGGAUUGUUUAUUAAGAAAAUGCAUUCUUUAAAAUGUUGCCUAGGAACAGCAGAUGCAAAGUACAAACCUGAAAAUUCCAGUCUUCAUAAAACCGCCUCAUUUAACUGUUUCGCUGCUGGACUGAAACCUUUAGUUUUGAGAAACAUUUGAAAGUGUUGCUUUGCUCCCCUAACUCAGUAUCUUCCCUAGUAAUAGAAUAUCAAUACUAACAAAACCACGUCAGCUUGCUCAGUUUAAAUCUAUUGUCCAAUACAAAUACAGAAAGAGUCUAUUCACUAAGCUGUGUGUUGUAUUGGACUUACUUGCAAAAAUGUAGGUUAAAAGAAUCAAGCUACAAAAAUCCUCUACUCAACAACAUUAAGGUUUUUUUAAAGUUUUUUUUUUUUUUUUACUAUAGUGUUGCACAUAUUUUGCAAGUCAGCUUCCGACUCAUCAGAAAGCAAUGUUUCAUGAAAAGACCUUUAUGUAAAUGAAAGAUAUCUACGUAAUGACGAUGAACUAAAAGAUUCGACACCACAGACACACAUUGGUGUGUGUGUGUGUGUGUGUGUGCAUGUGUGUGUGUGUGUAAUAUCAAAUAAAACUGACUACACUUGAGCAUUAAUUUUUAGCUCAAUUUGCCAGAAUUUAGGGUGAUAGGCAAGUUGUUCAAAUGUGGGACAUGUUCGUAUGUUCUGAAAUUCAGACUUCUAUCUUUGGCGCGAAAAAAAUUGAUUAUUGAUGGAAAAAAGGUGAUUGAUGGUUAAGGGACAGCCACUCAAUGUUGAUUUAAUUUUCAGAUCAAGUGAGAAGUGACCACUGAAGGAAAGAAAUGAGGAUCUGUAAAAAAAAUAAUCUAUAUGCAUAUGUUUAUAUAUACUUUUACUGCUUUUCCUCUUUUCCCUCUAUUGGUUCAUUUUUCUAACUUGAUCUGUGAACCAAAUUAGUGAACCGCAAUCUAUAUAUAUCAUUUUUGUAUUUUUCAGUAUAUAGAUUGGCCAAUAUUUGCACCUCUUUGGUUCAUUUUAAUCAUGUAACCAAAUAUUUUUUCAUGGUAAUAUUAGGAUGAGCUGAAAGACCGCAUGGAUGAAUAUUGACUACCAGAACAAAAUGUUUUUUUUCGAAGUGAUUCAGCUGAACCAAGUUUUACCUCUAAGUACAAGUCUACCAUUUACCAUCGUACAUCAAGUUAUUCCACUCACUUUAUAUUAUUAGUGAAAGCUGAUAUUAAAUCUAAGUGAUUGUAUUUACCGUCACAUAUAAUUAAUUUCCCUUUAACACCUUUAUAUUAUAAUGAAAAUCCUGUUGACUUACCUGAGCUGAGAUUUACAUCAUUCUAAUGCUGAAAAACACAAAAGAAAACGACUAAAAGAGGUCUAAGAAUACUUAGGCCAAUAGUCGAAGAAUGGACUAUAUGGGUAAGAAAAGGGGGCCUAACCCCAUAUAAUUCAAAAGGACAAGAAAAGGAAUAAAAUCCCGAUGAGGUGGGCGGGCCCUGUGUUUACCGCCCGCCGAGAUGCAUCUUUGUGACCAAUAUUGUUUAUGCUCGGGACACACCCCCUAUGACGUAUCCUAAUGUGAUUGGCUGUAUGACGCGGUCUUGUGGUAUUUAAAAUGCACACUGAUUCGGACUCAGAUUUUGCUCUUGAGAAAGGCGCAACAAAGGCGCCGAAACGCGUUGAGCUAGGCUAUGCCGCUUUUUAGCUGCUUUUUAUUUUAACAUGGAUUUCUAAUGGAGUUUUGCUGCCAAUACUAAGCCACUUUAUUAUAUACUAGCAUUAUGCUUUAUUUUAUAAGAAGAUUAGUGGACUUUGUGUGGGGUAUCUAUUAGUCCUUUAUAUUAUACACCUGACUAGAUGGGCAUACGGCUAAUGGCUGGUGGGGACUAAACCAUACUAGGGAUACAGUACAAAGUAUCUAAUUGGGAAACUACUUAUAUCUUUUUUGUUUCCCAGUUACUCUGAGACUGUGAUUUCUUUGAUCAAGAUAAAUAUGUUUAUGAGGUUUUGUUUUUUUCCUUUUUAUUUUUUCUCUACAUAUAGAUCUAUUUAGAGAUAUUAUAUAGAAAUAUACAACUGUACUGUGCUGUGAUACUAUAACUAGAAACAUUGUACCUUGAUUUCAAGUGAACUAUAAUUAUUAUUAAUAUAGAGUGUUCCUUUUGAGCUUAGCCUUCUGAAUAUACUUAUAUGUCAAUUGACAGUUUCUUUUUUAUUACACAAGUAUAGUUUUAAGUGCUCAUUUGUGGACCAUUAUAAACAUAGAGUGUUCCUCUUGAGUUCUAGUCUUUUGAAUAUACUCGUAUGUCAAUUGAUCUUUUCUUCAUUACAUGCCCAUUUGUAGACACUAGGUUGUGGCCUUAUUAUUGCCUUCUAGUAUUAUAUUUGAGAUAUUGCCACCUGGCUAGCUUACUCCACUAGACUUCCCUUUUUAAUCACGUACACUGUUUGCACGUUUUCUUUCCACACUUUUUUCUUAACAUUUGUAUUUUUUUUUUUCAUGUCGUAUGACGUAAUAAAGGUUAUGUUUAUUUAGUAUACUAUUUAUUUCUUAGUAUUUGUCAUUUAUUUGAGCUUUAUACUUUCUUUUGGGUAAGAUCUGCAUUGCGGUGCGGUGGUUUGGGGCAACAGGAUUUUAUCUGGUGGCCCCUUCCACAUCGCACAUUUAAGUAGUUAUUCCUUUUCUUAUCAUUCUAAUGCUAUUGAAAAAUGAAAAUAGAUAUUUUCUUUCCUUUCCUUUUUGAAGAGGGUGAAUGCUUUACAGUUUCCUUCUUAGGAAUCUAAAGAGAUAUUUUUCACAAUUACAUUUCUCUCUCCAAAUACAGACAUAUCAGACAACUGAAUAGAAUGCUUAUAAAGCUCAAACAGAAUCCCUGAAAGCAUCUACAGCCAUAAUAGCUGAAGAAUAAGAAAAGAGUAAUUUGCAGGACUCAUAUUCUUUCCACAUGGUACCCCAGAAACUAUACUAUAUAUUAUUUUUAGAUCUCCACAGAGGGCUUUACUGUACAAACAUGACUAGCUGUAUAAUUUGUGCAUGUAAAUUGAAAACUGGUUUGCAGAUAGAGCACAUAGAGUUGAUAUUGAACACUUCUUAUAUUAAACAACACUGACUAGAAGAUACAUUGGAUACAAAGCACACUGGAAAUAGGAAACUUACAGCUGUCCAUGUAUACCCCUUCAUGGCAGUGGUGUUCCCUGAUGGCAGGGUAAAGAACCCUGCCACACUGCAAAAACUGCUCAGGAAUGGUUUGGGGAACAUGACAAAGAGAUCAAUGUGUUGCAUUGGCCUCCAAAUUCCACAGAUUUCAAUCCUAUUGAGCAUCUGUACGAUUUGGAGGCCCAACCUUGCAACUUGCAUGGCUUAAAAGAUUUGCUGCAUGUCCAGAUACCACCGAACACAUUCAGAGGUCUUUGUGGAGUCCAUUCCUUAACAUCAGAGAUGUUCUGACAGCACAAGGAGGUUUUAAUGUUGUGGCUUUUCAGUAUAUACUAUUAGUAAUAAUAAUAUGACAUAUUUAUCCAGGAAGUCAGAUUGCCAUAUCUCAGUUUAAUGUAUUUAUGUCUGUUUUUGAAGCAUUGGAUAUUAUAUUAUUUUAGGCUUGGUUAACAUUAAUGUCUCAAUCUGCAAAUAAAUCUCAGCAUAAGAAAUAAUACAGUUUAUGCAUGUAUUUAAUUUAAAUAUUUGUGAGAUUUAUUAUCCUAGCCAGCAUUAUGAACAAGUAGCAUAAAUAUGCAAAUCCAGUUUAAAAGACUGCUCCACACACAUAAAGCACUUCAGCUUUCUGAAGAGUGUGUCCUCUUUUUUCAUUUUACAAAAAGUGCAAAAUUCAAUAAAAAUUGAUACCUUUAUAUAUUAACCUUGUUUCACCCCUCUGGCUGUCAAUCAGACAACAAGUCCUGUUACUUCCCGGUUAGGUUAACUCAGUGGAGCUAAACUCAAAAUACAGUCAAUGGCAAUGGGCACCCGCGUUGCAAAGAUUUCUCAGUAGGCUGCAUUGGAAAGUCUAUGAUUGGACAGCCACAUAAAUUCUGGGCGAUGUUAGAAGGGCAGGGGUUACAAAGGCUUCACGCAAGAGAUCUGCAGCUUUUGCAAGUUUCUAAUAAAUAUACCAUAAUGAAAACAAUAUAUAAUUAAAGGCAUGCAUAUUUCCAUUGGGUGUAUAUCUACUAAACAGUGAUUUUUAUUUUAUAUGUAUUGUGGCAGUGGAGUGUUCCUUUAAUAAAUUGUAAGCCUUCAAAGUAUAUCAAUAUAGAUUUACCAGACCGGCCCUAUGUUCAUCAAAAGGAAACUGUCAAUCUGCCUUCACUCCUUUACCAAGAACGAGAUUACACAUGCAUUAUCUAUCAGUCAAAGUGAAUGUUUAGCAGCAGAUAAAAAAAAAAAAGUAGCGACAAUGUUGGAACGAGUUCUUCCUAUAGAGUAAUUUAGAAUUUUUUUUAGUAGUAGCUGCUGGUAACUAUGUGUAGCUACUUUUGAGAUUGGCAGACAUUAUAUAACCCCCAUAUGCCAGUAAAAAGUAGCCAAAUAUAUAACUAUAUCCCAGUCUUGUCUUACACGUGCUAUCGGUAGAAGUCGAAUUGCUGAUAUAAAUGUAGCCGUAAAUUGCUUAGUCUAUCUAGUAAUUAUCCUUUUUCAUCACUAUUUCUAUGUUUCUCCUAGGGAGCUUUUCAACUUGCUCUGAGAGUUUUCAAUGCUGGCUUAUCUAAUUAGAUAUGGUGACUAGUAAAUGCCUUUUUUGCUUAACUUUUCCCCAGUGCUAGUAACUUGUGAUUAGUUAAAACACGUAUACUUGACUCAACAGAUCAAUGCUGAUAUCAGUUAUAGCAAUUGCAUUAUCAGCGUUUAGGGAGACUAGGAAACUCCAUAUUUCUGUACACAGAAGGCUUUUUACUCUAUAAUGAGCUAGUGUGAAAGGUAAAAGAAGAUAGAAUAAUUAUCUAGAAUAGUCAAAUAUGAGAAAAUGUUCUUCUAUCCAUCUUCCACUUAUUUCAUGAUUCAUUUUGCUAUAUUCUUUCAUGUUUUACGGACAUCUUGCUGAAAUUACUUUGCAGUUAUCACCCAGACGUGUUUCAUUUGCAGUGGGGUUGAACAUCAUUGGAUAUUGUCUGCAAGUGUUGGAGAUCUAAAAAUUACUUUCAGUACUAGAAUAUUUAAUUGUAGGCUUGUGUGUUUGGUUUCAAGCGAAUUGCAAUUUAAAUUCCGUGUCUCCAAUUCCAUAACUCAGAAGUGUCAUAUGGACCUAUCAGAAAACAUACUAAUUGGACAUUGGCCAAAUGAAUAAUUUGUGAUUUGAAGUUCUGUCCAAUGCACCAAAACAAGAGAUGAAUGAUGGGGAAGGAAGGAAGGACAGAAGGAAGGAAAUCAACAAGACCCAAUGCUUAAAAUACUCAACUGCAUGCUCAUAAGUAACCAAACCCUUAAAAACAUGAAAAUUGACUUUAUUGACUGAAUUUGAAUGGUAUAUUAUCUUACUGGAAUUAGCCUCAUUAAAAGGGUGCAAAAAUGAGCAUCCUUUAUUCCAACUUUAUUCUAAAUAUAUACCCAUAUAUUUUUUUCACAAUGCACACGUCUACUUAAUUGUAUGCAAUUAAGCAGUAAAUCAUUUAUUGGAAGGCAAGUUGGCAAUGGAGGCUCGUCAACAGGGCACUUAUGGCAGCAUCCCACCAGUUGUAAUGUGGGGAAAAAAAUUAUUUGCAGUAGCCAAAAAGUGCUAAGCAAAACAAUUAUAGGAAAAUAUUAGUGUGUCUUUAAUACUAUAAUAGGGUUCAGUUCUCCAGAGCCUCCCCUCCCCCUAAUUGAUAGCUAUUUGGAGACGUUUAUUUCAGAGCAUCUAGGUAAAAAAAAAUGGAACUGUUUUGAAAUCGGCCCUAUUUCAGCAGGUUUUGCACAUGCCUAGUGUCCUUCUUUAACCCUGUGUACACUGUGCUGAGAGCUAGUAGUGAGUCAGGUGUAGCUGAAAUGGUUGGCGUCUAUCAGUAUCUUGAUGUUUUAACCAUGUGCACACUGUGUGCUGAGAGCUAAUGGAGUAGCUGUCAUGUUUCAUAACCACAGCAAUAUUUGAUAGAAAGCUAAAGUUAUCAUAGCAGGAGCACCACUGAAGAUGAGGUCAUGAGAGGGAGAGCUAAGAGAUGGCUAGAGAGAUAGAGAGAGUGAGAUUUCUAAGUAUUUUACUCAGCUCUUCCUGUUGUAUGAGUAUCUAUGUAGUUUACCCAGCUCUGUGGAUCAUAUAGGUAUCUUUGUAUUGCGAGAUAAAUAGAAAAAAGGAUUGCGCCAAAUAACAAACUACAUAGAAAGAUGAUGGAAGUAAUAUUAAAAUGAUAUAAAAUAUAAAAAAUAUAAAAAAAGAGUCCAAUAACAAUGAUAAUGGUAAUAGAUCACAAUCAAUAGCAGAAAAAAAAUACAAAAUAGAAAAUAAGAGUCUAAAUGCACAACUUGCCAGGAGGAUAACCAACGGUCUUUGAGGAAGAAUGUUUGUAAAAGGAGCCGAAUAAAGACAACUUGUAGAGAUCCGUAUGUGGAAACAGAGAAAAGAUAAUAGUGCAAUACGUCCUAUAAAAAUCAGAAUGAAAACAAAUUUAGGGUCAAAUAUGGUCCAACUCAAGUGUAGUAGGUUAUCCUCCUGGCAAGUUGUGCAUUUGAACUAGUAUGAAUAGAAUACAGCGUAACUGGUAUAAUCCCCAGCUUAGAUUUCUUGGAGUAAUACUAAACUAGACUGAUAUAGUCUUUAUUUAACAACAGAAUUAAAAUAUCCACAACGCGUUUUGCCUCUAUGGCUUUCUCAAGUGAUGAUUUUUUUAUCUCCAUUUGAGUAAGCCAUAUAGGUGAAAGCGUUGUGGAUACUUUAAUUCUGUUGUAAAAUAAGGAUUUUACCAUUCUAGUUGAGUAUUACUCCAAGAAAUCCAAGCUGGGGAUUAUACCAGUCGCGCUUGAUCCAUUGACCAGUCUGCCUGCUCAAUUAAAUGUGAGUAAACAUUUCUAUAUAUAUACUCCUAUCAUCCUUUUAUACAGUGAACACUAUUUGUUGUCUCUUUUUAACCCUUUAGUGGUCUACAGUAUUUUAUAGUAAUGUUUAUCUUGUGCCCAGCUUGUUUUAUUGUAUGAGCAUCUCUGUAUUAUGUUCAGCUCUCUGUAUUGUAUGAGUAUCUCUGUACUAUACAGGGAGUACUAAAAUUAUAGGGAAAGAGUCUGAUCCCCAUUGUCUUAAAACUUCACCAGUGUCUGCUGCAAGUUGGAGCUAUGAAUUUGAGGACUGCUCUGAAGACAUCAAAUAGCUAUUUUUUUUUACAAGUGACAUGUUGUUAGUUAUGACACUGUAAGCCCAAAUAGCUCUUACCAUUAGUGAGAUGUAUUUUAGUGAUCAUGCAAAGUGAUUACAAUGACGGGAAUAUACGAUCAAAUAGCACUGACCACUAUUGUCACAUGCUUUUGUCAAAUUUAUUUAUAAAAUAUUUUACCAGGAAAGAUACAUUGAGAUGUCCUGGGUCCACAAAACAUUACAUUGUUACAAUGGGAUACAAUAAAAUACAAAAACAAUAUUAACACACAAUAAAUACAAAAUUUAACAUAGAACAGGUAGGAAAUAUAUAAUUAUGACAGGUGCAUUCUGUUUUGAGGUAUGUAGAGAGGGAUCUCUUAAAGGACUCACAAAUGUAGUGCUUACUGAUAUUUAUUGAUUAUAUAAAUAUUAUAUGUAUUAAAGCUGUUGAGUAACUUUGGCACUAAGGCUAAGCUUCAUAUCACCCAAAGGUUAAUACAGCCAUAUUAUAAGGAACAUCAUAAGUGAAAAGGACUAGGUGAAUAUCCCUGUAAAGACGAAAUGCAUGUUGUUGCCCAGUUCUAAUUAACACUUAGUGGAUUAUAUCAAAAGUACAUAAAUAAUAAAGUGCAAUAACUCAAAGUACACAGAUAUAAUUGACAAGCUCAGUGUUGCUCAUAGUUAAAUUAUGUAUCAUCAAUGAAACAUCUUCGUGUAUUAUUUAUUAUGUACAAUUUCUCAUAUACUUUGUUAAUUUUGUAAUUUAAUAUAAAGCUUUAGACACACUGUUAACGUCUCCCUUCUUCUACAUCUACAUUAGCAUGAUAGAUUGUGCUAACAUUCUAAACUUUUGGUCACGAUUAACUCCACUUUAAAUUCUAACCUACAAAUCCAGUCUGGGUUUUUUAUGUGCAUGGUUUACAAUGCUUAUUUGCUUUUAAUCCUGUAUUUAUAGAAUUAUGCUCUCUCUCUCUCUCUCUCUCUGUAUAUAUAUAUAUAUAUAUAUAUAUAUAUAUAAUAUAUAUAAAAAGGGGUUACUGAAUAGUGAGUUUUGGGCAGUUGACAGCCCAUUUACAAAAUGGAGGCUAGUUUAGUCAUCUUGGAUAAAUUCUCAAAAACAUAGUUUCAUUAUUUUUAACAAUGAUAUUUUGGAGUUAAUUUUGGAAGUCCGUUGUUUAAAGGGACACUCCACUGCUGAAAUACUAAUUUAAAUUUUAAAAAAAAACACUGUUUUGUAGAUGUAACUAAAAUGAAAACAUGCAUUGGGGGUAUAUCUAAAAACAGCUUGAAAACCUGCAGUUCUCUUGUGUAAAGCCUUUGCAAACCCUCCCCUUCUAAUCCUGCCAAUACUUGCUGCAGCUGUCCAAUCGAAGACUUACCAGUGCAGGUCAAUGAGACAUUUAUGCAAGGCAGAUGCUUUGAGCAAUUGCUGCCUCUUGAUUUUAGCUCCACUGACCUGAGUAAACCAGGAAGUAACAGGACCUGUUGCCUGCUUAAAAGCCAAGGGGGUGUAUCCAAGUUAAUUUUUAAAAGUGUAAAUUUCUAUUGAAAUUUGAACUUUUGGCAAAAUGAACAAAAAAGGGAACACACUCUUCACAUAUAGUUUUGGAGUGUCCCUUUAAGCACCACAACUUACAGUUUAGUGCAUAAACACCAAAGGAUCACAAAAGGAAAAAAAACUGUGAUAGAAGAUUUUCAUUUUAUAUCUUAUUAUAUAUACGAAGCAAAAACCAAAAAAGGUAUGGUGGGGAAAAAUUGUGAUUGAAAACCCCUUCCACUUGAAGUCUGUGGAUAGUUAAUACAAUGUUAAAAACAAAUCUGCACACUAGUCAAGCCAUAAAAUUUGCUUUUCCCACAGGAAUCACAAAUUUGCAGUGAUGUUACUACCGCAAAGGAUUCUGGGUAGGCAUAUGCAAAUUAGUUCAACAAAGAAUCACAUGUUUAAAAUGGAUUGAGGCAAACAUGUGAUUCUAUGUUGAACUAAUUUGCAUAUGCCCACCCAGAAUCCUUUGCGGUAGUACCAUCACUGCAAAUUUGUGAUUCCUGUGGGAAAAGCAAGUCUUAUGGCUUGAGUGAUGUGCAGAUUUUUGUUUAACAUUGUAGUAACUAUCCACAGACUUCAGGUGGAAGGGGUUUUCAAUCACAAUUCUUCCCCACCAUACCUUUUUUAGUUUUUACUUCGCAAAUACAGCCAAGCCUCACUAGCCAGCCAGUAACCAAUCUCAUGCUGAUGAUUUGCAUUAACAAUAAAUCAGCUGUCUAUGAGUGGUUGACUGGUGUGCAGAUUUUUGUUUAACAUUGUAUUAACUCUCUCUAUAUAUAUAUAUAUAUAUAUAUAUGUAUAUAUAUAUUUAUUAUACCAUAUUAUAUAUAUUACAUGUAUUGAUUGUAUUUUGUGCAUUUAACAUAAAUGUUAUCACCUGGAGAAUACCUGUAAUUAUAGAUAGAACAAUGAUCUCACUAUCGUUGGGUGUGAUACACAGCACAAAGCAAUCUUAGUGACAAGGAUUUGCCACAAGAAUAAUUGAGACUAAAAUGGGAAUAGGCAGAUCAGUUCAAGAAGAAGGUUGAUGUGAACAGGGAGUUUGCUGAGCUAUUUAUAUUUCUUGCUGUCAGGAAAGAGGGCAUUGCAUUUGCUGAACACUGAUUUCUUCGAGUCUUUAGGGCAAACCCCAAAAUGUUCCCAAGAGGUGGAAAUUCUCAUUAGCAUGACAUACUAACCUGAGAUGUCUGAUGCAAAUGACGAAAGCAAUGGUUCAGUUUAACAUAUAAAGAGGUACAUGGCUAAUGACAAUGUGGGGGAUUCUGCUUCAUAUGAAGACAUACUAUCAGUGACUUUAAGCUGACAUUACCAAACCGUAAAACUAAGAUUUCUAGAAUUUAGGCUACUUAAAGAAAAACUGUCAGUUAUCUUUUUUUUAAUUAUCCAUUCAGCAAAUUUUGAAAGGAAAUUGAAGAUUGUACCAGCUUUAGUGUAUUAAUAAUCUUAAUUUUAGUAAUGACAGGAGGCGAGUAUUUUGCAUAAUCUCUCUUUACUAGCUCCACAGCAGCAUAGAUACACAUAGAAAAAAAGAACCAAUCACAAGAGAGUAGGAUGUACAUGAAGUGUAAUGACCUAAUCACUUCCUCUUUCACAACGCGACAUCAAGCAGAAGCAAGCAUAUAACAAGCAAUAAUAAUAACUCCUAAAUCCAACAUCCAACGGAGCAAACUUCACCUUGGAUUCCACACAAACAACCAAAAUGUGUUCAGGGACGAACAAAAUCCAAAGGGGCAAACUUCCAGAGAAUUUCACAUGAACAACCAAAUGUCUAGGUUUUGACACAUAGUCAUGAAGGUGGAAAUCCAAGUAACGUACCAUACACAUCAUUCAAUAGUAGUAAAUUGUAAAUUACAAUCUGAUAAUUAAAUAACUAUGUAAUUCCAAUGACAAUUCCUUGCCAAAGGCAAUAAAAUCAUUGAUGUAAACACAAAACAUUCAGAGCCCAACCUACCUUAGACCAGUGACAUAUAUAAAGAAAACAAACAAAAGGGUGGGCUAGUGAAGCAAGGAGUGAAAAUACUCGCCUCCUGUCAUUACUAAAAUUAAGAUUAUUAGUACACUAAAGCUAGCAUAAUCUUCAAUUUUACAACAUGACAGGAGGCUUCAUAUUUAGCAUUUUUAAUGCUGAGAAAAGAAUGGAAAACUAAGGAAGAAUCCGAAAGUGCGACGAGAAACCUAGCACGUCGGGGCUAUGGGAGAAACCUCUCCUCCGAAUGCCCGAACAUCCGGUACCUGACGGAUAGCCACCAGACCAAGCAUAAAAAUCCAUCAGCAGAUGUUCAGUCCCGUAGAGAAAUUGGAGAACGACCUCCACAUCCCAUAAGCCGGAGGUGGAUGUCACUAGGUAGUUGGUACACAAGAGGAUCCUAGUCCAUCGGGAGUCCCCAGACCGGGACACGGGCCGUUGAGCUGUCCACACCACCACAUAAUGGAUCAAGGUACAGUUCCGAACACCAAUCAGACCGGGAACGCCCAGAUGGAGAGGUAGCAAAGUCAUGUCCCUGGGGCCCAAGAGACUCCUAAUAGGUCCCCAGCAGCCUGUGAUAGUCCGCCGUUCUGCCAAGAACCCCAGAAAGAGUCCAGGUCACCAGGGCAGCCAAUCCUCCAGGAAUAGAAGAUGUGGGUUUCCUUUGGGUCCGUGAGAAAUAGUAGGAUAUGAAUGUAGGAGGAGGAGAUCCAAACCGGGAAACAAGGUCGACUCUGUCACAGCGGGACGGCCAAGGCGGUGUUAUUCGCUGAACAAUGAGAUGAUGGAGAAUUUUUUCAAACAUUGCAAGAAGGGUAAAGCAUACGUUCCCCGGGAGGCCCAGUUGGCCGGAGUGCGAUCACCAUUGUGCACUGUCGUUCCCUGAAUCGACCCGAAGGAGAUUGUUCAGGAAGAUAAUGACAUGCCUUCCUCACACGUAAUUGAUCACUGAUUUCGGUAGUUUCACGAAGCCCCCAAGGAUCCGUGUUGAGGGGUCAGGUGAAGAGCAGAGGUUGCUCAUGUCACAGAAAACCUAGAUAGCGUUGUCAAGAGCAAUGGAAAAGGAUCAACAUAACGUGUCUUCAUAUCCAGUUUCGCAAGCCAGUCAUCUACGUGAAAAGGGUCCUAAUUAAGUUUGAAUGCCUUCCACCUAGAUGCGAUGGAAUCUCCUGUGGGUGUAGUAGAAAGUAUAUUCAAUGGUACCCUAGGGGCGCUCACCUGAGGAAAACAGUACCUAGCGAAUCUGCGCAUUCUGUGUUCUCUGUCCGGUCAUCUUGAGCACCAUAGAAACAUAGAAACAUAGAAUGUGACAGCAAAUAAGAACCGUUCGGCCCAACUAGUCUGCCCAGUAUUUUGAAAUACUUUUAAUUAGUCCCUGGCCUUAUCUUAAGUCUAGGAUAGCCUUAUGCCUAUUCCAUGCAUGCUGGAACUCCCUCACUGUGUUAACCUCUACCACUUCUGCUGUAAGGCUAUUCCAUGCAUCCACUUCCCUCUCAGUAAAGUAAUAUUUCCUAAUAUUAUUUUUAAACCUUUGCCCCUGUAAUUUAAGACUAUGCCCUCUUGUUGUGGUAGUUUUUCUUCUUUUAACCCCUAAGGACACAUGACAUGUGUGACAUGUCAUGAUUCCCUUUUAUUCCAGAAGUUUGGUCCUUAAGGGGUUAAAUAUAGUCUCCUCCUUUACUGUGUUGAUUCCCUUUAUGUAUUUAAAUGUUUCUAUCAUAUCCCCCCUAUCUCGUCUUUCCUCCAAGCUAUAUAUGUUAAGAUCCUUUAAUUAAGGUUAACUCUCGCUCUAUACAGGUAAUAACGUUAGCGAUAGCAGGGUACCAGGUUAGAUGUCCCGAAGCGGUUGGCGACAAACCCCACUGUCAACCAGUCCCAAAGAACACCCCUUACUGAGGUUACCACAUAACACCUUCCUCAUGGAGGUUUGGGUCUUGAUGAGGGAAGCGGGACCAUAAACAUGUGUAAUAACUUCCCUCAGGAAAAUUAUGCCUUGUGUCUGGGGUCCAGUGAUUUGGCGCCCAGAUCAACCAACCAUGUGUCAAUAUGGAGGAGUGCUGCUAUGCGCUUCCCAUAGGAGAGGCGAACACUGGUUUUCUGGCAAAACAGAUACAUCUCAAAACCCAUUCAUGAAUAUCGUGAGCCCAUUCCCAGAUGGUGUUGGCAGUGUCCGGCAUUAUACUCAUGAUAGGGUCAAUAGAGUCUAGCAGUUAGUCUUGAGACCUCUCCUGACUCCCCUGCAGAGUUGCGGUCACCCAGAACAAUGAAGGACAUCAUCCGCUGGUCAAAUGCAGUCAUCUGUGCCGUUCUUUCUGGGAGGGAAGGGCAUCGGUUGUCCGACCGCAACCGGUUUUGGACAUCUUUAUCUAGAGGCUUCAAAGCCACAGGUGCAUAAAGUAGCCAGGUGGUCGAGAGGGGACCAGUCUCUCGAACGUGGGUGACGGAUGUGUAGGUUACACAGCCAUUGACCAGUAAGGUCCAGGGUCGUUUCCGUGUCUUCUCAGUCAGUAGCGUGCGAGGCACCACCACCUUCAGUUACCUGGGGAUCCCCAGAAAGAAACAGGCAGGUAGGUUUAUAGUGAUAUGGGAUAUCCCUGUAGAUGGCAUAAACCAGUAGGCAGUCACAGGAUGCAGAGUAAACAGAUCAGCCUACCGCAGUAGUAGGCGGUGCUCACAGAAUCCCCUGCAGGGUUGUACUCUGAACAGUGGCCAAAUAAAAUAGGCGAGGGCUCACCCAGUAAAUAGAGGUUGCAACAGCAUGCCUCCACUCAGCCGCACUAAACAGCACACAUAUAGUAGGGCCCAGGGCCAGAUUAAGAGCCCAGUGGGCCUGAAACUGACAAUUAUGAUAGGCCUAAUUACAAAAUCUUAUCGAUGAAAAACACUAAAACAGUCAUACCUCCCAAGCCUCAUGUAUCUGGUGGAGGUGGUUAUGGAGGGAACAUCAUAGGAUGUUGGCACAAAUGCGUCUAAUGAUGCACUCGCUCCACUUUUUCUAAGGACUGUCCCCUAGCAGUCACAUGAAAACUUGUCGUCUUACUUUCUUACUAGCAGGCAGAAGCUCCCGGUAUAUAGUCUGGGACAGAGAGUAUGUGUUUGUAGUGAGUGUAGAAGAAAGGGAGCAUGCCAGUAUGUUAGAGAGACCAAAGUCAGCAUUACCUUAACUCAUUUCAUUGUCAGCCAGUCCACACAAGUUUUGUUCCUCUACAUCUCUCUAAAGUGUCUAUACUUAAGCAAGAGUAUGUGAAAAUUAGUUAAGGUUGCCACCUUUCUUUGAAAAAAAAAUACCAGCCUUACUAACUUGCAUAAUACAUGUUGUAUGCGUGACAUCACAUGAGUCAGUGACGUAAGAGAUAAUUUAGUAAAAUCACCAAAAACCUACUUACAGUUUGAUUCUACUGUAUAUAUGCAUUGCUCCCAGUGUCUCACAUGUCUCCAAGUGUCCCCAUGACUACCUAUGUCCCCUAGUCUCUCAGUGUCCCCAUGUCACCCAGUGUCUCAGUGUCCCCAAGUCUCCCAGUGUCUCAGUGUUCCCAUGUUGCCCAGAGUCACAGUGUCCCCAUGUCUUCCAGUAUCCUCUAGUCUCCCAGUCCCCCAAUCUCCCAGUGCUUCAGUGUCCCCUAGUGUCUGUGUCCCCAGGUCUCCAGUGUCACCUAUGUAUCACAGUGUCCCCUGUGUAUCACAGUGUCUCAGUGCCCCAUGUCUCUCGUGUCUCAAAGUCGCCCAGUGUCCCCAUGUCUCUCAGUGUCCCCAAGUGUCUCUUUGUCCCCAUGUCGCCCAGUGUCCUCUAGUGUCUGUGUCCCCAUGUCUCCCAGUGUCCCUUAGUGUUUGUGUGCCUAUGUCUCCCAGUGUCCCCAUGUCACUAGUACACUGAUACAUUGGGACACUGUGAGACAUGGGGACACUGAGAUACAAGGGGGCACUGGUAGACUUGGGAAAAUGAGAAACUUGGGAACACUGGGAUACAUGGAGACACUGGGGGAGACAUGCAUCAAUAUUUUUCCACUACAGAGCAUUAUCUCAAAUAAGAUCGGGAGGCUACAGAGACAAAGGUAAUGUUGGAAAAAGGUAAGUAGUACCCUUUUUUCCCUUUUUUUAUUUGGAUGAAUUAAUCUAAAUGGUGAGGAGAACACUAUAGUUUUAGGAAUUGUAUUCCUUACACUACAGAUUUCCUUUAAUUCACGUUUUAAUAAUUCAUCAAUGUUUACUUUCCAGAGACACCCUACAGAGAUCUGGAUACUUGACACCCAAAGAGAAAUGCAGUCUCUAACAACCUAUAAAAAAACCUCAAGUGUAAAUAAAAAUGACAUUAGCUGGAGCUGUUAUGAGAAAGUACAUUUCACAUACCAAGGUCAUGUGCUCAGUACAGCUACACUCAACACGCGUUACUGCAGGAAAACAAGAUACAAUACGUUCAACACUGACCUUUUCAUGAUCCUCUAAAAUAUAGCUUUAUGAGUAUCAAAAGAGAGCAGCAUUAUAUAGGUUAUUUUGCUGGCAAUUAAGAAAUAUAUUUGUGAUCUUCAAGUCUUCACAUAAAAAGUAACCGUGUGUGUGUGCGUGUGUUUCUUUGCUACAUGCUAAAGUUGUUGCAGUUCCUUUGUUAAUUCCCCAAUAAUUUCAGUUUUAUUGAAUAAACCUCAAUGAUUACUACAUUACAGGCAAACAUCCUUCUCUAAUGGCAAUUCUAUGUUUGGCUACUUUUGAUGGAUUACAUCUCACACCGGCACGACAUUUAGUAAAGUCUUACCUGAAAACAGGCAAAGCAUGCAAAUUUAUUUUUGCAUGAUGACAAGAACUGAAUGCUACAUGAGAAGUGUAUGGGGAAAAAAAAACAAUCAAUAGAAAUACAACAAUAUUAAGUUGUCAUGGUGAUAGAGCAAGACCUUGUAAGUGUGUUAAUGGUUUAAUGGAUAGAACGAUGUAUGUGUCAUACAAGGUUUACAGGUGUUUGACUGCAUUCAGCUAAUACUCAAAUAUAAUAUAAUAAAAAAAGAAAAGAAAAAGGUAAAAGAGGAGCUCUACAGUACCUGAAUAAAAGAUAAAUACACUGGUUGUAGUUUUUUCCAGAAAUCUGUGAACAAUAUAUAACACAUUCAUAGUGCAGAUAGUACAUACAAUAAAAAGUAGGUAUAGGUACGACAAUUCACAACUCACAAGUAAAGAGCCAACUGGUCACCUGGCUCUAGUUUGUAGCCCUUUAGGAUUUUUUAGGGGAGAUCCACAGCCCUAUUUUCUCUCCUUCUGAUCUCCUUCACAUCCAAAUUUGUUUGCAGGAAUGGACAGGAAGACUCCAGUAGUAGAAGUUAAAGGAUCACUAGAGGGUCACGAACACAAACAUGUAUUCCUGACCCUAUAGUGUUAACACCACCAUCUAGCCCCCCUGGGCCCCUCAUGCCUCCAUAAAUAUAGUAAAAAUCUUACUGUAUUCAAGCCAGAAGCUGUAAAUCUGCAUGCUGUUAGACUCAGAAAAACAAGCAGUCUGCUGACAUGUGGUAGCCUUUUCCAAUCACAAUGCUUCCCCAUAGGAUUGGCUGAGACUGACAAAGAGGCCAACAUGAUUCAAACACAGCCCAAUCAGCAUCUCUUCAUAGAGAUGAAUUGAAUCAAUGAAUCUCUAUGAGGAAAAUUCAGUGUCUGCAUGCAGAGGGAGGAGACACUGAAUCACAGGAUGCUGUGCACAGUGCUGCCCUGUGCUCUGCUGACAACAGAUCUGAGUGGAUGGAGGCAUAUUAUGCAUCCAUCAACUCCGAAGUCCCUCUGGUUCACUCUGAGUGACUGCAACUGGAGCUGUUCCUAGCUUUCAAUGUAAACACUGUAUUUUCUCUGCAGGGAUCUAUAGUUCUCACCUGAACAACCUCAUUAAGCUGAAGUUGUUCAGGUGACUAUAGCGUCCCUUUAACAAAUGUUUUGUAAAAACCAAAUAAAAAUCAGUAGAUCAUGUUAUUUUUAUUUGUUUUUUACAAUAAAUGUGUUAACUUUUACUAUUGGAGUCUUCCUGUCCAUUCCUGCAAAUAAAUUUGGACGUGAAGGAGAUCAGAAGGAGACAAAAGAGGGCUGUGGAUCUCCCCUAAAAGAUCCCAAACUGCUACACACUAACCAGUUGGCUCUUUACUUGUGAGUUGUGAAUUGUCAUACCUAUACCUACUUUUUAUUGUAUGUACCACCUGCACUAUAAAUGUGUUAUAUAUUGUUCACAGAUUUCUGUAAAAAACUACAACCAGUGUAUUCAUCUUUUAUUCAGGUACUGUAGAGCUCCACUUACACCCUUUUUUUUUUUUUAAUUACAUUUGAUUGUGAGGGUUAAGGGGAUCCUUCACAUAAGUGUUGAGCCUAUUCUAUUUUCAUUGUAUAUGCUUACACACAUUGGUAAAUACUCAAAUAUACUUAUGUAAUAUGAAGGGCUACAUAGGGGUAGGGGGAUGCAGCAUAUGUUAGACUGAGGCUCAGUAGUUUGGUCUGUAAAAAAUAGUUUUGCACAAUUCGGAUUUUGUCCAUGUGACUUUCCACUUUGGAAAAAACAAAAUGGUGCCAAAAUUGGCCAAUCUGUGAACUGCAAAAUAUAAAUAUUAUGAUUAUAUUUUGCAGCAUACUGAUAGGUGCAUUUUUUGCCAUUUGUAUUGCUGAUCAAGUAAAAAGAAGUAAGGAGCAUUAAAAAAAUAUAUAUAUAUUUAUUAAAUAUAUAAUUUAGAAAUAUAGAUAUUGUUUUACUGACCCUUGUGUUUUUCUCUGUAUUGGUCAAUACUCACUUGAUCUGUGAAUAAAAUCAAUAUUUAUGGGCUGUCUGCUAGCCAUCAAUCAUCUAUUUUUUCAUCAAUCAUCUUUUUUUUAUUUGGCACCAUGGAUCCAUAGAUGUAUCUCUGAAUCACAAAACUAACAAAACCGUUGGCCCUUUGUAUGUUUCGCUUAUUUAGUGAAUCGUCCAUGUAGUAUUUCAGACUAAAUGUCAGACAAAAUUUGUGAAAAUCACAUAGUUACAUAGUUACAUAGUUACAUAGCUGAAAAGAGACUUGCGUCCAUCAAGUUCAGCCUACCUCACAUUUGUUUUUUGCUGUUGAUCCAAAAGAAGGCAAAAAAACCCAGUUUGAAGCACAAUUUUGCAACAAGCUAGGAAAAAAAUUCCUUCUUGACCCCAGAAUGGCAGUCAGAUUUAUCCUUGGAUCAAGCAGUUAUUACCCUACAUUGAAGAUUAUAUCCUUGAAUAUUCUGUUCUUGCAAGUAUGCAUCUAGUAGCCGUUUGAACAUCUGUAUGGACUCUGAUAAAACCACUUCCUCAGGCAGAGAAUUCCACAUUCUGAUUGUUCUUACAGUAAAAAAACCUUUCCUUUGCCUUAGGCGAAAUCUUCUUUCUUCCAGUCUAAACUCAUGGCCUCGUGUCCUAUGUAAAGUCCGGUUUGUGAAUAGAUUUCCACACAAUGGUUUGUAUUGGCCCCGAAUAUAUUUGUAUACUGUUAUCAUAUCCCCUCUCAGGCGACGUUUUUCUAAACUAAAUAGGUUUAAAUUUGUUAACCUUUCUUCAUAGCUGAUAUGUUCCAUUCCUUUUAUUAAUUUUUUAGCCCGCCUCUGCACUUUUUCUAGUGCCAUAAUAUCCUUCUUUAGAACAGGUGCCCAAAAUUGCACAGCAUAUUCAAUAUGGGGUCUUACCAGUGAUUUAUAAAGAGGUAAAAUUAUAUUCUUGUCCCGAGAAUGAAUGCCCUUUUUCAUGCAUGACAAUACCUUACUGGCCUUGGCCACUGCUGAUUGACAUUGCACAUUGUUGCAUAGUUUGUUGUCUAUAACAAUUCCAAAGUCCUUUUCAUGUGUUGUUAUCCCUAAUUCGCUUCCAUUAAGGGUAUACGUUGCUUGUGUAUUCUUUACGCCGAAGUGCAUAACUUUGCAUUUUUCAACAGUAAAUUUCAUCUGCCAUUUGAGUGCCCAGUCCCCCAGUCUAUCUAAAUCCCUCUGCAGUAAAGUAAUAUCUUGCUCACAUUGUAUUGUUUUACAAAGUUUGGUGUCAUCUGCAAACACUGAAACAUGACUUUCAAUGCGGUCUUCUAGAUCAUUUAUAAACAUGUUAAAUAGAAGGGGUCCCAGAACAGACCCCUGAGGGACACCACUUGCCACCUCUGUCCAGCUUGAAAAUCUACCAUUAAUGACAACUCUUUGUACUCUGUUUUUAAGCCAAUGUUCUACCCAAGAACAAGCAUUUUCAUCUAGACCUAUUUCCUUGAGUUUGAACACUAAUCUAUUGUGUGGAACUGUAUCAAAAUGUCAAACGCAAAGGACGAUCCACGUAACAAUUCUGAUCUAUACUUUUUGCUGAUAACCAUGUUCUUCUCAAGGAAUUCUUGAAUAUUAUCCCUUAAUAACCUUUCAAAUAUUUUACCAGCCACAGAAGUUAAGCUCACAGGUCUAUAAUUUCCAGGCAAGGAUUUUGAACCCUUUUUGAAUAUAGGAACCACAUCUGCCUUCCUCCAAUCCUCCGGAACACUUCCUGAAAGAAAAGAAUCUUGAAAGAUUAAAAACAGAGGUUCACUUAUUUCUGCACUUAGUUCCUUAAGUACACGUGGAUGGAUACCGUCAGGCCCUGGAGCUUUGUUUAUAUUAACUUUCUUUAGUUGCUGCAGCACCUUGUCUUGAGUUAAUCAAUUACAAUUAUUCUGCAAGUUUUUAGUAGCAAUCAUUUGCACAUCUAUUGCCAUGGGUUCUUCCUUAAUAUAUACGGAGGAGAAAUAGUUAUUUAAAAUUCCUGCCUUUUCCUGGUCUUCAUUAACUAACACCCCCGUUUCAGUUUUUAGUGUACCUACACUUUCAUUUUGUUUUUUUUAGAAUUUAUGUACUUAAAAAAUGCUUUGGGGUUGGUUUUGCUCUCUUCAGCUAUCAUUAUUUCAUUUUGAAGUUUAGCAAGUCUAAUUGCCUUUUUGCACGCAUUAUUUGCAUCCUUAUAUCUUUUAUAAGAUGCAUCUGAUUUGUCCGAUUUAAAUGCUUUAAAUGCCCUUCUCUUAGUUGUAAUCUCUUGUUUUACUUCUCUACUAAGCCACAUUGGUUUUAAUUUGUUUCUUUUAUAUUUAUUUCCCAACGGUACAUACUGAGAAAUGUACCUUUGUAAUAUUUGUUGGAAGAUGAUCCAUUUAUCCUCAGUGUUCUUUUCACUAAAGAGUUUAUGCCAGUCAAUAUAUUGUAAAGCUUCCCUUAACUUAUUGAAAUUGGCCUUUUUAAAAUUAUAUGUUUUAGUAUUCCCCAUGUGCUUUUGUUUUUUUGAGUUUAUUUCAAAGGACACUAUAUUGUGAUCACUAUUUCCCAAGUGCUCACCUACUUGAAUGUUGGUCAAAAGAUCAACGUUGUUUGUUAAAACCAGGUCCAGACAAGCAUCCAUUCUAGUUGGUGCUUGUACAAGUUGUGACAUGAAGGUGUCAUUUAACAAGUUUAAAAACCCAAUUCCCUUUGCUGAGGCACUAGUCCCUCUGUCCCAAUUUAUAUCCGGGUAAUUAAAAUCUCCAAUAAUUAAAGUGUUACCCAGAUUUGCAGCUUUCUCAAUUUGCUCAAACAGCUGUUGUUCCUCGUCAAUAUUAACAUUAGGUGGUUUAUAACAUAUCCCAACCAAUAGUUGGUUUCCCUUCUUUUCCCCAAGCAGAUAUUUACCCAUAAAGCUUCCACAUUAUCCUCCUCGCAUUCCAUUUGCUUAACAUUUGGCUUUAAAUCAUGUUUGACAUACAAACAUACCCCACCACCCUUCUUGUUUUUCCUAUCCUUCCUAAAUAACGUGUACCCAUUUAAGUUAGCUGCCCAGUCAUGUGUCUCAUCCCACCAUGUUUCAGUUAUGUCUAUUAUAUCAUAUUGUUUAGUGUAUGCUAAUGCCUCUAGUUCCCCCAUUUUGUUAUUUAGGCUCCUUGCAUUAGUAAGCAUACAUUUAAUAUUAUGCAUCACUUGUAUAUUUUGUGAAUUUUCAACAUUACACAGCUUCUCUGUUCUGAGCUUGCCCCUCCCCCCGUUUCCACCCCCCUUUACUGUGCUAAAGCCCAUCUCCUUUCUGUCCUAUCUCCAUUUUGUAGAUUGCUAUGACCCUCCCCCCCUACUACUAGUUUAAAAUCUCCUCCAACCUUCUAGCCAUCCUAUCCCCCAGCACUGCAGACCCUCUCCCGUUUAGGUGCAAUCCAUCACCACUAUAAAGGUUGUACCCAAUCGCAAAGUCGGCCCAGUGCUCUAAAAACCCAAAACCCUCCUUCCUGCACCAUACAGCUUCAAACAAUUUGUUUGAAGCUGUAUGCACAAAUCUAAUCUGCACCAAGCAUGUGUUUCCAGCUCCCACUCUGUCCCUGCUAUAUCAUGGUCAGGAAGCUUGGAAAAUUAGUAAAGGAUCCAUGUUUUCCAGAAUAUAGAGUAGUUCUAUAUAGUCCUAGUAGUUCUAGUAAGAGACACACUUCCAGUACUGACAUUGUUCAUCUUAUGAUUGAGGUCAUGAACCUCUUCUUGUUUGGCUUUACCUUGAUGUGUCAAGAAUAAAGAUUAACUCAGCAUAGUCUUAAUAGUCAACUAAAAGGGACCAUAUUUUUAAUUUUACUGAAAUAAGUCCUCUACCUCUUCUUUUUUUGGCUUUAUCUUGAUGAGUGUUGUAAUUAUGAAUGUGCAUCUUCUGUAGGUGAUUAAGUCAGUACAUGAAGAGUCGCGUUACCUGCAGUGAAGAAUUUGAUUGUUGCAUGAUGUUCUCUGGAAAUCCUGCAAAUGUUGAGUUCACCUUUGUUGAGUUUGAACAUCUAUACAUGAGCAAUGAUACCUAAAUGUGUGCUUAAAGAAACACUAUAGGGUCAGGAACACAAACAUGUAUUCACAAACCCUAUAGUGUUAAAACCACCAUCUAGCCUCCCCUGGUCCCCCCAUGCCUCCCUUAAUAUAGUAAAAUCUUAUUUGUAUGCAAGUCUGCAGCUGCUGCCUCUGCCUCUGAUCUGCCUGCUUGGCUGACAUCAUCUGAAGUGGUGGUCUAAGCCAAUCACAUGCUUUCACAUAGGAUUGGCUAAGAUUGUCAAGGAGGAAAAUCAGGGGCAGAGCCAGCACAAGUCAAACACAGCCCUGACCAGUGUCUCCAUGCAACAGGUGGAGACACUGAAUUGCAGUGCGGCACAUUGGGAAGCACAUCUGGCAGCCAUCCGAGGAGUGGCAGUGGAGUUUUCACUAGGUUGUAAUGUAAAAACAAAAAUAAAGAGUAAGCGCUUAAUAACAAAAUGAGGCAGCAGCCUUUGAAGGGAAUCCCUCAGAACCCUUAAAAUACAACAACAAAAGAACAAAGAUAAAAGCUGCACCAAAUAUAACCAAUAGAUAAUAGAUAGUAAGGUAGUCCAAAUAUAAAUAUAAAAAUCUUAACUAAAAUUAGAUAUUCCUUAGAUCAAAUAGUCUGUGCUUUGCUUGAUCAGGAGCAAUAUUCUCGCUGUCCUUCCUCAGGGGGAUCCAAUAAUAUGAAAAGAUAAAACAGAUAAAAGAACAAAUAGUGUAAUAUGUUCAUUAGGGUACGAUAAAUGGUAGAAGAAGAUGGUAAUGCACUCAUGUUUUUUAGAGCUAUAGCUAACUCUAGUAUCGAAAGCGUACAGCGGUAUAAUCCCCGCUUAUGGGAUAUGAUGCAACCUUCUUUCUUCAAAGGUGUGUGGACCACUCAAAAAGAAUAAAAGGAGACAACCAAUAGUGCUCUCUGAUUAAAAAUGAUAUAGAAAUAAAAUAAGUAUAAAAUGCUACUCACAAGGAUGGAGCAGACAGACUGCUCCUUGGUGAUAGCGUAGGUGGAAUAAUCCCCACUGCGGAUUGCUUGGAGUCCAGGGUAAUAAAAAUGCCAGGAAUUAAAUAAAAUUUAAGGUGUAUUAUAAAGAUGAUUGGCACAAUAAAAAUUGUCCAAAAGAUCUUUAAUAAGUAAAAUACACAAUAACAAUAAUGUAAUGUAAACACUGCAUUUUCUCUGCAAAAAGCCUGAAGGCAAUGAUUAUACUCACCAGAACAAAUACAAUAAGUUGUAGUUGUUCUGGUGACUGUAGUGUUCUUUUAAUUAUGACUUGUAGGGGGGAGAAUAGUUUUCUAGGCAUGCCAAGAUGCAAGAUAUGAAUUUGGUUCAACCACAAGAUAAUCAGACAUGCAAUAAUGUUUUUGUUAUCCUUGUAACUAAUAUGCUGUAGUGUGGAUCAUCCCAGGAGAUUGAGCCAGCCAGUCUGGUUGUGAAUACAAUGUGAAGUUUAAGUAUUUACUUGCUGGCAAACAUCAUUUCUAAACUUAUCCUUCGCUAAAUGUUCCAUAUAGCAGUGCGGCUAUCAAAAGUUUAUGAUGUGAUUGAAGGAGAAUUACUAUGAUCCAUUCUAUUGAAGGUCUUAAGUUAGUUUAUGAUGCUGUCAGUGGCAGCUUUACUACCUGAAAAAAAAACAAUUUGUGAUCUGGUCAAAAAGGUUCAUUUAGGCAGAAUCAAUUGCUUUGCCUCUUCAAAAUCACAAAAGUUUUACUUUGUAAAAUAACACAGUUAGUAUUUUUCAAAUCACAUUUUUCUAAAGUUUGUAUUGUGUUGUAUUCAUUAUUUUUUUCAUUUAUUAUAUUGACUGAAAUGCCAAUUAUUCUGCACAUGUCCUACCCCAUAUGUUAUACAUUAAUAAAUAAAAACUUGCCAACUUUCUAGGUCUCUACAUUUUGGCUUAUUGGUGUAAGAUCUUAUCAAACGGAACAUUAGAUCAAUGGAUUUUGAUUGAACACACACAAGGUCAAUCACUAAGCUCCAACCAAAUGACUUAAAAUAUCGCAGAGGUGACGCAGUUGUGUAUGGAGGACUAAUCCAAAAACUCAUUAAACUCAUUAAGAGACACUGACGAGCAGUUCCAUGAGAUUCUUACUGAUCAUUGCCCCUCUAAGGGUAAGCACAACUUUAGAGUGCAUAUAAUGAUUCACAUUUUCAAAUUAUAAUAUUAAACCUUAAAGCAAUUAUUAAGAAACACAUGUUAACAAUGCACCUUGUUUGUAGAUCAUCAUUACAAUACUUUAAUUAUUGAUAGGAUUUCGAUUAAAAACCUGCUAACAUUUUAUAGCUGGAAACUGUGAUAAUUCUAAUUGGUUCACAUGCUUUUUUUGUCACAACAAUAUUUAUUAGUAAAAUAUAUUACAACCUGUAUAAUUACAUAUCGCAUUUGUAAAACAGGAAGAAUAUCAUUGUGUAAGCAUUAAAUGAUGUCACUUUAGAAAUCCUUAUUGUACGACCUCACUGUACACAGUCCUUUAUGCACCCUUUAAAUGCAUGCUUCAAAGCAGACACAUUCGUUUUAGUUUUGCUUAAAAAAAAAUAAGUAUGUUAUUGAAAUUAAAAUGUGUUGUCAAUAUUUCAUAUUAUGCUGUCAUUUUGGGGAAUAUUAAUUCCUAAACAUGGAAGCUGAUUUCUUAAAGUAAACUGAGGGCAUUUGAACAUUGGUGUUGAUUUUGGACAUCGUAAAUGCUGUGCAUCGUAAAAAUCAAUCUUUGGUUAGGAUUGUAAACUUAGAGAUACAUCAAAUCCACUAUCAAUCUAUAUUUCCAAUAUUUCCUCAACAACUUAAAUAAAUCUUCAUAUAAAUCUAAUUGCUUUUAAAUGUCUUGCUAUGCCUGACAAUCAAUCUGUGCAUAAAAAUCUUUGCUUUGAUAUUAUGUUAUACUCUAUGUUUAAUAAAAAGUGGUGCAUAUUGCUUUCCAUGACUCUGGCAUCGUGAGGGUUAACGUGGCACGGUACAUAUGCUAUGGAUUGCUUUGAAGUUUGAUUUAAGUGGGGAGAAAGUGGGUGGCAUUAGGUUGAGUUCUCCCAGAGCAGACUGGGAAUAAGACAGCGUGAUGUCCGAGGAAUUUAUUCAAUAAACAGUGAGUUGUGCGUUUUCAACCAACGUCAGCUUAAACUUUUUCUUCCAAUCAGCUAAUCUAACCUAGAUUUAUGUUUAGGGGUCUGAUGAACAUUAGGGUUUUCAGUGUUAAACUAAUAUGAAAUUUGUAUGAAAAUGUUACUUAACAAUGAUAUUUUAAUUAAGGGACCACAUCCUGCUUAAUAACGGAUGAAUUUCCUUUCAAGUAUAUUAGAGGUUAAGAAUUUAGCUCAAAUAAAAAAAAGAAAAACUAUUUAAGCUCCAAAUCUUACCAUUACUGCUUGCAAAUAAUUUCAGACCGUUCCGCCUCAUCAAUUCAGUUUAAUUGAAUUUGACUUCCCCCUUAUAUAUUUCCAAGCAAUUCAAUUCUGCAAAGGAAAAUAAAGAAAACAGAUAUUAUCCUUCAGAUACAAACCUGUAAUGCUUUAGGGUCCCUGGUACAUUCAGGCCCCUCAGCCUUUUGGAAUAAAAUUAAGAAAAUUUUACUUUUACCUACCUUUUACCAGGAAACCUUUGUGCUGCUUAGCUCUCUACCUCCUGCAAUGUCAUGGAGGAGAAAUGGCCUAAUCCAAUUCUCCUAUUGAGGAGCAUUGAGAAUGUAAUGGGCAUGCGCCGUGAAUGCCACAUGCGCAUCCAAGCUUACCAUAGGAAAUCAUUGAACCGUUGUGCUUACCUGUGGGGGCUUCUGCAUCACGUGACCAAGUUUUACUGGGUCAGUGAUGGGGAAACACCGCUAGUGGCUGUUAGUAUGACAGCCGCUAGGGGGGAUUUAUGCCUGCAAUGUAAACAUUGCAUAUUCUAAAAAAUUCUAAUGUUUUAAAUUGCAGGGUUAAAAAGGACAGGACUACUUCUCCCAGGCCACCUCAUUGAGAUGAAGUGGCCUGGGUGACUUUAGUGGUCCUUUAAUUGUCUAUGUUCAUCACAUAUGUAACUUGAAUGUUAAUGAGUCCUUGUCGUUCAUCUCGUUAUGAUGACAGAGGGGGGUAUCGCUAGAGGGGGCUGACAGGUUUUAGAGCCCUAAGUGGGAUCCUCUAAAGUCUAAUUUAGGCACCAUAUCAUUGUUAACCCCAGGUCUCUAAGUAAUACUAAGAGAGAAAUGACUCCUCCAAUUAUAUGGUUUAUAUUUUCAUACCAUUUGAAUGCACCAUAUUUAGAGUGCAUUAUGCAGCACAGUGUGGGGUAAUUCCGAAGGUGCAGGAUUUUAAUACAGUAAGGUGAAGGAUUAAAAAGCAUGGCAUGGGUUUAAUACAGCAGGUGUGGUACUUAUAAAUAUUGGUGCAUGUAAUACUCUUCAAUUCAAUGAAAGAUUUGGUAUCACCAUGUGAUUUAUAAAACAUAUUCAUUAAUAAGUUUGGACCUAGCACAUGGUAUAGGGCUGGAUCCAGGAGAGGUUUACAUCAAUACAUGAAGGGAGGGCCAUACAAUUUACCCUCGGGCUGAAGCCUCUGGUCAUUUUUAAACCUAGCAAAAUCCUUGAUGGCAGAUAAGCAAUCGGACCAAAAUGUGAUGCUAGUGGUGGCUUGGUGUCAACGUUGAGGUGAAGUGAAGAGAGUUAAAUGAUACUUUUCCUACACUCAAUAAACAAAUAUUGGCCUAUAGUUGUUAUAAAUGAUACUUCCCAUCAAAAUAGAAAAACAGUUUUUUUGUGUCUCUUGUAGGAGAUUCUGGAAGGGGGGGGUGGGGGGGGGACACCAGACAUUUUCUUUUUUAUUUCUUUUCUUUUCUUUUUUAUUUUUGAAUACUGUGCACUUCUAAUUGUGAAAUAUGUGACUAUUGACUUUUGUGAAGUAAAAAAGUAAUUUCUUCCUUUAACCCCUUAAGGACACAUGACACGUGUGACAUGUCAUGAUUCCCUUUUAUUCCAGAAGUUUGGUCCUUAAGGGGUUAAUUUCAGUCAGAAAUAUAACAGUAACCCAACAAACUCUUGUAUAUUUUUCUAAAAUAAAUAGAAAGCAUAUAGCACAGACGUGGAAAGCUCACAAAGCAGAAAUGUCUGGUUUUUGCCCAUUCUCACCACAAAUUAAUCAUCAAACACAAAAUGCCAGGCAGAAUCUGGCACAUUCUAAGGUAAUGCCUAUAGGUUAUUGGAGCGGCAAUAACUACAUGAGGUAUUUGGAUUAAUAAAAUAAAAACUGCUAUGUUCUUGUUGAAGUUAUAUGAAUUCUAAGGUACAGAGAUGGAAUGCCAAAGCUCUAUUAAAUGUUGAUGUUACAAUAAAUUAUUCAAUAUGUUUUCUUUCAACAGAAUAAUUGAAGCGAUCUGCAUAGGAUGGUUCACAGCAGAAUGCAUCGUGAGAUUCAUUGUUUCCAAGAAUAAAUGUGAAUUUGUGAAAAGACCUUUAAAUAUCAUUGACCUGUUGGCGAUCACUCCUUAUUACGUGUCUGUUCUCAUGACCGCUCUCACCGGAGAGAACCCACAGCUGCAGAGGGCCGGAGUCACGCUAAGGGUUCUGAGGAUGAUGAGAAUAUUUUGGGUAAUUAAGCUUGCAAGACACUUUAUUGGCCUACAGACACUUGGAUUAACUCUUAAAAGGUGUUACAGAGAAAUGGUCAUGUUGCUUGUAUUUAUUUGUGUGGCCAUGGCAAUUUUUGGUGCACUCGCUCAGUUACUUGAACAUGGAUUGGACCUUGAAACUAAAAACGAGGAUUAUUCGAGCAUCCCUGCAGCUUGCUGGUGGGUGAUUAUUUCAAUGACUACAGUAGGUUACGGCGACAUGUAUCCUAUCUCUGUCCCUGGCCGGAUACUCGGAGGACUCUGUGUAGUCAGUGGUAUUGUUCUCUUGGCACUGCCUAUAACUUUUAUUUAUCACAGCUUUGUGCAGUGUUAUCAUGAACUGAAGUUUAAAUCGGCUAGGUAUGGCAGAACACUGUCAAACGAAUACUUAAAUUAAUACUUCAGAGAUUUGACAGACAUUUGUUUUAUUUAUUUAUUUUUAUUUUUGUUACUUACAAUCUGCACUACCAAGAACUAUACUUAGAUGUGAAUGCUAUAUCACAGUGUCCCUGCAGGAAAAAAAAAACUGAACCCAAAAGCUCUUUACUAUUGAAAAAAAAAAAUAAAUUACUCAAUUUGAGAUGACAACAGACUGAAAUUUUUUUAGCAGAAGUAGCAGAAUGGCAGAAGUCGGCAGACAUAUAUUCUUUUUGUAUUGUUUAAGUUAGAUAUUUUAAUCUAUAUUUUGCAAGUCAGUUGCAAAUUCAUCACAAUUUACAGUGAUACAGAAAUAUUUUAAUAAUUCCUAUACUUAAGAGGCAGCCUUGUCAUGUAAUUGACUCUAAAAUGAUAAAGAAUAAACGCCCUAAUAUGAUUUGUGACAUGUUAUUAAUUCUUUGACACAAAGACCAUUGCCAAAGGGUUCAUCCACAUUUGGAAUGUUAAAUGCCCAUAGACUUAAAUAAUUACUUGAUAGAUUUAUUAGAUGAUGAAGGAGCAUUUGUAAUACAUGCAGCACAAUUAUUUUUCUGGACAGCAGAAAAAGGAAAAAAAGCCGACAAGUGAUCAUUAAUAUCAGCUCACAAAGUAGUUAGUCAAAGUGAAUUUCAAAUUUAAGGCUAAAAUAUUUAAAUUGGAAAAAAAUCUCUAAAUCAUGCUUUACUUUCGCCUACUUAGGCCUAAAAUUUAAAAUUUACUUUGAAUUCUCUGUUUAAUGGUAAAAGCUAAAUAAAAGAAUAUUGCCCUGGAUUUUAAUGACAUACAUCCACGUUUUCUGAAAACUAACUGCGCAGGUAAAUUUUCUGAGCAUUGGAAAAAAACAUUUUGGCCAGUUUAAAAAGUUUGUUUUUAGGAACUUGGGUUAUUCACUACAAAGUGAGUUUUGAUGAACUGGCAAACAGUUUGGAAAAUUGAAAUUAACAACAAACUCUUUAAUUGGAAAUUCUUUUUACCGGAUGGUUAUUUAGGUUAAUUUUCCAACUCUCUACCACUAACUGAAUAGUAUAUAAAUCACUAAAAUAAAUGUAAUUACAACUCUAUUCAAGCCAUGGUACGUCUAAAUACUACAUCUGAUAAUUAUUAGUUUUUAUAACAAUUAAUAAAUAUUUUCUUCAAAG